AUGGUCACCGACAGUGGCAAGAGAGAGUCCAUCCGACUACUUACGUUCAACACAUGGGGCCUAAAAUUAGUUUCGAAACACAGAAAGCAAAGAUUGCGGGCAAUUGCCAACAAGUUAGCUAACCCAGAAGAUGCAAGCGACGAUUAUGACAUUGUUGCUUUGCAAGAAGUUUGGUGCGAGGAAGAUUGGCAGUACUUGGAUCAAGUGUGCAGGGAAAGAUAUCCUUUCAGACGAUUCUUCAAGGCCGGUAUAAUUAGUGGUCCUGGGUUAUGUGUCUUAUCGAAAAUUCCCAUUACAGAAACCUUCCUAUAUCGCUUUCCCAUCAAUGGGCGUCCAUCAGCAUUUUUCAGGGGUGAUUGGUAUGUUGGGAAAAGCAUUGCUGUCACUAUGUUUCAAUCGCAUAGAUCUGAAAGCUUGCCAAUAGCUUUACUAAACAGUCAUAUGCAUGCACCUUAUGGCCAUGGUGAUGCAAGCUACUCAACCCAUAGAGCGUGUCAAGCGUGGGAUUUUGCCAAAAUAGUGAGAAUGUUGAAAAAAGCAGGGUAUGCUGUGAUUCAAGUAGGUGAUUUAAACUCCAAACCAGAGUCACUACCUUAUAAGAUAUUUACAAUUGAAGGGGGAUUGAGUGAUUCGUGGAAUGUAUUGCAUGAGGAAAUAGUUGUGCUCACUCAACAGUUGGGUAAAUUGACUCCAGAGGAACAGAUAUCGGUUGCAGGGGUAACGUGCAACUCGCGAUUGAAUACUUGGAGAAAGGAAAGGCCCAUGACCGAUGCUUGCCGAUUGGAUUAUGCACUAAUAGAUGCUAACCUUAUUGUUCCAGUGGAUGCAAAAGUAAUGUUUACUGAAACAUUGCCCCCGCCGUUAAGAUGUUCAUUUUCAGACCACUUUGCAUACUUUGCAGAGUUUAAAGUAGAGUCAAGAGGGUUGGAUAGCAAAGUUGGGGAUCAUUUAUCCGCUGAAAGGGAAGCCGUUUAUAAGGAGCUUCUUGCUGAAAUAAAUCACUACAGAAAGUACACAAUACCAUUUCAAGCCAGGUGGAGAAAACUUCAUUUUAUAUUGUCCAUUCUAGUAGUGAUUGGAAUGCAUGUUGCGAUUGUAUUUGUUUCAAACGUUGCCGGUUGGAUAUCAGUCUUGUUUCUAUUUGCAACCACCAUUGUUCUGAUAACGGGUUUGUUGAAUGGGUUGAUUUGGUCUUUGGGGGUAAGGUCCGAACUGAGAGCACUUCAAGAGGUGCAAAUGGAAGUUGAAGAUGCAUUUGUUUAUAUGAGAGAUUUCCUGCAUAAGAGUUAG